AUGGCCAAUAACGUCAAUAUCGAGGCACUGAUUGAGUCCCGCAUUGAGGCGGCCAUUUCCGCCGUACAAGAUCUGCCGCAGCUUCUAGAGGAAGCUGUUGAGAGCAACUCUGUGGCUCUCGUAAACAUGUGGUGGAAGAUCCUCAUCCACAUGUACGACAAUCUUGUCACCCCGACUGGCACCCUUCGAUUCUUCCAUGAAAUCGAGCUCCCUAUGGUGCCCAAUCAAGACCGUCCUAGGUAUUCCGACUUCAUCAAAGUGGCACAUCGCUGGCUGGUCUGCAUGCACUGCGCCGGUGUUGGAGAACAAGCCUUUGCGAACCUUGCCCAAUACAAGCCGAGACUCACCACCGAGGUUUUGGAGGUGCUUGCCCCGCAUGAGCGCGAGAUUGACGAGCGUAGAUACAAUAGGAGGACGGCCGAUUCAGAGGUAGCAGACAUCUUCCACACAGAGGAGGAGAAGAUGCAGUACGUGCAGGAACUGGUGGAAGCCAUGGCAAACAUGACGGACAUCGCCGAUAGGCCAAAUCAUCACCAGGUGGAGGCGAUCAAGGCCAUUUCCGGCUCCGUUCUUGAGGGGAUUGCCUGGGAAGUCUACGCGCGAGAUGCCCAGCAGGGGCGCACCAGGGUCCUACCCUGGAACACCAACUUCACAUGGCGAAGCUACCCCACGUUUGACGACCGUUGGACAGAUAUUGUCGACUGCCUUGAGAGGUAUACCUGUGACCCGCACAGGGAGCACACUCGCAAGGUCGGCCAAAAGCGCAACAACGACACCAAGGCCGAGAAGGCGGCGGCACAUGCCCGAGCUGCUCAACAGCUGCAGGCAAUUCAGGGCGCUGCCGUUGCUCUAGGCCCGGCCCUUCCAGCUAUGGCUAACCCGGCUCAGGCCAUGUUGUCGAACGUUGCUCCCGCUUUUGCACCCCAGGUGGCUCCCGUUGCCGGCCCCUUUGAGACUUCUAUUCACGGAAACUUCCCCACGGCUCCGCCCAACAGCCCCAACGUGGAGCUUAUGGCACCGGCUCCCGAUGUUUCUAUCUUUGAAAGUGAUGAAGUUCUCUAG